UCAAGAUGGUCUGAUAUGUACAGAUUAAAUUUCUUUAAUUGAUAAGAUAGACAGAUGGAAUGAGGGUGAAGCUGGCAUUAUGUUUAGUAACUGUCUCAGCCGUUGUAGACAUCAUACUUACGGGAGAAAGUGAUAGACUUUUCUCACAAGAACUACGGGAGAGUGGCGACCCUCAUCCGCUCGUAAAUCUCGGAAACAGUUUGGUGCACAGACUAACCUCCGUGUCUUGCCCGUUCGGAACUCUUCUUUACAAAGACCUCCAGAGAUAUUACAACCUUCUCUCAGAUGUUUACAGGUUUUUGAAACGAAGAGACGUCGUGGAAAUUGUGAAAGGAUGGAAAGUUUACGACCAAAUAGUCAAGAUGGGAGGCCCGCCUCAUUUGAAUUUGACUCUCGACUUUUUCACGUUGAAGAAAAAAUAUAAAUGGAGUGACAGCGGAGAGGUGUACGAUGUCAAGCAGAUUAUGACAUUGACUCAAGAACUGUGGGAGGACAUACAAGAUCGAGCUGCUCACCUUAGGUCCGGACAGACUGAGCCUCCGCCAGUCGAGGAGUCUACCAUCGACUGGACGCCAUUCCUCCGAGAGGUCAGCUCCGACAGCGACCCUGAGGACCACCCUCGCCACUAACCCAUAGCAAUAACAAGUCUAAUAGCAGCAACAACAAUAAGUCUUCAGCAGCGGCAAUGUAGCUGCAUCGUUGGAUUCAAACCUUGAUCUUUUGUUUACAAGGCUUGGUUAUAAGCAGAACAUCAAAAACAUCUAAAGAGAAUUUUUAAAGUGUUGUACUAAUUUCUGGAAGAUCUCAAAAACCACUAACUCUUGAACAACUUUUCUGUUAUUUCGUUGGAAGAAUUUGAGUUCAAUAAGAUUUUCCCAAUUCGUCCAAUAGUUUCCAAUCAACCGCUGGCUAGUGAUUCUCUUAGCACUAUCUAGAUCGGAGAUACCCCCUCUACGGACUACUAAGGCAAGGAUUACUUGUAAAUGACAAAAUACAGACUUACACAAUUACA